GGCGAGUCUGAAGCUUUGCCCGCUCCAGUGGCUGGGUAAGGGGAGGAGGAAGGCAGGAAGGGGCGCAGCCUGCUGCAGAGGCAGCCGCUGAGCAUCCCCGACGCAGCCCCGCAGGUGUGCCCGCAGCCGCCGCGCGGCCGGUGAAGCCUCCUCGGGCGUGUGCGGGACGGAUUCGGGGGCUCCUCCAUGCAGCCGGCCGGGGGGCUCGAGAACCAGCCGGCUGGCCCGUGCUAUGGCUUGGGGAGAAGAGGCUGAGGCUGCGGGGAGCCAGCCCGGCGAGGCUGCCGGUGCAGAGAAGCUGUUGAAAUUGUUAUGGAUCAUUUACAAAGCAGAAUGGAAGAUGGUGAACAAGUGAAAAUGAAGUCCUUCAGGUACAUUAAUAUAGAAGCUCACAGUCAGACAGAAAAACGGAGAAGAGAUAAAAUGAAUAACUUAAUUGAAGAACUAUCCGCUAUGAUCCCCCAGUGCAAUCCUACGGCUCGCAAACUGGACAAACUUACUGUAUUGAGAAUGACUGUACAGCACUUGAAGUCCUUAAAAGGCUCUACCAGUUCUUAUACAGGAGAUAAUUAUAAGCCUACAUUUAUACAGGAUGAUGAGCUGAGACAUUUAAUCCUCAAGGUUGCAGAUGGGUUCCUAUUUGUUGUUGGAUGUGAUCGAGGAAAAAUUCUGUUUGUCUCUAAAUCAGUCUCCAAAACACUUAAUUAUGAUCAGGCAAGUUUGACUGGACAAAGUUUAUUUGACUACUUACAUCCAAAAGAUGUUGCCAAAGUAAAGGAACAGCUUUCUUCUUCUGAUAUUUCUUCAAGAGAGAAAGUGAUAGACGCCAAAACUGGCUUUCAAGUCCAAGCAAAUUUCCCCACUGGAACAACUCAUCUCUAUUCUGGUGCAAGACGAUCCUUUUUUUGUCGGAUAAAAUCUUAUAGACCAUCAAUCAAAGAAGAACAGGAAUGCUUACCUAACUCAAAGAAGAAAGAUCACAGGAAGUUCUGUACUGUUCAUUGUAUGGGUUAUUUGAGGAGUUGGCCCAUGAGCGUAGUGGGACUGGAAGAAGACAACGACAACCAGAAAAACAGCAGUGACUUUAACUGCCUUGUGGCCAUUGGAAGAUUACAUCCAUAUAUUGUACCACAGAACAGUGGGGAAAUUAAAACCAAACCAACAGAAUUUGUUACCCGCUUUGCCACGAAUGGAAAGUUUGUUUAUGUGGAUCAACGGGCAACAGCAAUUUUAGGCUAUCUUCCACAAGAACUUUUGGGAACUUCUUGUUAUGAAUACUUCCAUCAAGAUGAUCAGAGUAAUCUAACCAACAAACAUAAAGCAGUCCUACAGAGUAAGGAAAAAAUCUUUACUGAUUCCUACAAAUUCAAAGCAAAAGAUGGUUCAUUUAUAACUUUAAAAAGCCAGUGGUUUAGUUUCAUAAACCCUUGGACCAAAGAACUGGAAUACAUUGUAUCCAUCAACACAUUAGUUCUGGGAUGUAGAGAAUCCAGGGAAACAUCACUGCUUACUUGCAGCUCACAGUCAUCAGAAGAUGCUUCCAGACAGUCUUUUAUUAGUGUGCCUGGAAUAUCUACAGGAACAGUCAUUGGUGCUGGUAGUAUAGGAACAGAGAUUGAAAAUGAAGUUCUCGACUUACAGAGGUUAUAUUCUUCUCCAUCUCUUGCUGAUUCAAGUCCAACAAACAUCAGAGAAUCUCCAGCAAUUAAGUGCAGUAAUGUGCCAAACAAAGAGCUGAUUCAGUUAUGUUCUUCUGAAAGGGGAAACCAUGAGCCUUUGGGGCAAAGCCUCGGUAUUAUUUCUUUCUCCGGCAAUGAAACACUGCUCAGUGACAACACACAGCUGGAUUUUGAUGCAAUGUGUGAAAAUGAUGACACUGCCAUGGCUGCCUUCAUGAAUUAUUUAGAAGCAGAAGGAGGCCUGGGGGAUCCAGCUGACUUCAGUGACAUCCAGUGGACACUCUAGCUCUUGUCCUUCUCUACAAAUGAGAGGUGUUUAAAAGUGUUUCAUAUACAACUGUAUAUUCCUCUGUAUUGUAUUAAUACUAUUUUUAUCUUUCAAGUUGUUGAUCUACUGAUUUGUACUGAAUUGCAACUUGUUGAUGAAGGAACAGGUGAAAAGCUGAAGUUCUCCAUCAAUGGAGAACCUUAGUUUAUUACUAAUCCUUUAUAGAAUAAGAUUGCUUAUACCCAUGGAUUGGCUAUUUUAUCCUAAAAUGUUCUUAUUCCCCUAUCUCCCAAAAUGUACAUUGUACUAAGUAUCUAUGUUCUUUGCAUAUUAGUUGUUUAUUUCUUUGUGUGAUAUCUGAGUUCAACAGGAUUAAUUAUAUGACAUAUUUUUUUCUUUUUGGAUUAUUGGUGAGGUUUUGUUCUUUGAUAUGUCUUUAUUAUUUAAGUGUGUACUUUUAAUUAGUGAUGGGGUUUACAGGCUAUAAGGACAAGGUAAAUACCUCAAAACUGAAAGGAUAAUGUUAUGUAUAGCACAAUCAUAAAGAAUAUUGUAUGUAGUCUUUAUGGCUAUAAAUAGGAACCAAAUCAGGAGAUAGAGGCAGAAUAUGGUACUCUGAGUUAGUAUUCAGAGGAAGGGAAUGCAAAGAACAAAAGAUUUAGAAUCAGAGAGAAAUUUGAAAUCUAGUUCUUCAACUGCUGUCUAUAUGACUUUAGGCAAAUCACUUCAUCUUUCCAGGUCUCAUUUUGCUUAUCUUUAAAAUGGCAGACUUAAAGCUAGAUUGUCUCUAAAGUUCCUUCUAGUUUGGAAUUCUAUGCUUCUGAGUAAAAAUACUUUUUUUUUUUAGUAAGGCAAUUGGGGUUAAAUGACUUGUUCAGAUAAAGUUAAAAUACUUUUUAAAAUAUUGAGAAAUGUGAUGUUUUAUUCACAGGAUUUUUCUGUUGUUGCUAGUUUAUUUUUUAAAGAGCUUUUUUAAGGUGCCUUAAAGCCAGGCUGUUGAUUUCUUACUUUACAUAAAUCAGUAUUCUCUGCUUUAUUCAAUAUUCCUACUGUCAACUUUGGACAUGGAAUUAUUAUAGAUGAAUUUUAGAGCUGGAAGGUAUCUUAGUGAUCCCUUCUUAUAUAGAUUAAAAACCCUGAUGGCUAGAAAGAUUAACUUGUGAUAUAUAUAUAUGUUUGUAUAUCCUUGUAUUCAUGGGGAUAAGUUGUCACUAUUUCUUUUCAGGCUAACAUAAAAAAAUACCGUUUUUCAAUAUUGCCAAUGAAUAAAAAACUCAGGUUUAACAAAAAUGCACAAUAUAGAAACAGGGUAGCAUAGUAGAUAGAAUGGGCCUUGGAAUCAAGAUGGCAUGAAGUCAAGUCCCACUUAUAACACAUGCUAGUCCUGUGAUUCUGAGCAAAUCAAUUAAUUUCUCUAUAUCCCCCAAAAAAUCUCCAAAAUUUUAAAUUUCAGAGCAAUUGAUGAUAGGCCUUGACAAAGAGAGUUUCUUCAUUGGAAGUAAUUAGGUAAUUAAUCAAUGUUGACUUAUUGAUUGGAAUAAGGAGAUCCUUACACAGAUGAAAUUAAAAGUUCACACAAUGAAAUAUGUUAUUAUUGGGAUUAACUUUAAAAUAUUAAUUAUUAAAUUAAUUAAGGAAAAAUGUUUAGGAGUACAUCUCUAGCCUUUGAGGAGGAUGUAGUAGAAAGUAACAUCCCCCCAAAAACUUCCACUGACAGAGACAGAGACAGAAUCUUGGUCUAGCUAGACCUGGCUUGACCCAGUGUAGGAUUUAUAUUCUUAUUAUUGUAGGCUCUAACUUUCAAUCUUCAUAAAAAAGAAUGUAGAGUACACUAAGUUUUUUGAAUAAGAGCAGACUAAACAAAAAUUCUCUUGAAGUAUAAAAGAAAUCAUUAUUGUGAGGGGAAGAACAAGUUAGCAAAUAUCACUUAGAAAACAUCUUGUUGUGACAGGAUGUUGGUAUAUGUUCCUAGGUGUAUAUAAAUUUUGAAUUUUGAGGACCUGGGAAAGGCCCAGCCCAUUUUUCAGGCACAGAAUCUCUGAGUUUGGCCUGAGACAACCUGAGCCAUAUUGUUAAGGCUGAAAGUGGAUCAUUUGAUGUGUUUAUCCAGGUCUCCAAAGCUUACCUCAAAACUAACAAGCCCAUGGUUGGAUUUGAAUGGUUCAUGAUUGGGAAGCUUCUUGAAGGCUCAUAGUCCCAGAACAUGAAGCAGGGUUUUCUGCUGACCUACCUAUCACAAAACUUUUCCUUCUUCAAAAGUAUAGGUUUUCAUAUAGGUCACUGAGGAAAAGACCAAUUACUAUCUGGAAUAAUUAUUAAUAAUAAUAGCAAGUACUUAUAUAAUGCUUUAAAGUUUACAACACUUACCAA